CAACCGCUUAAUGAGAGAGACUGAGAGAGAUGGGAGAACGUUUUUUCCGAAACGAGAUGCCGGAGUUUGUACCGGAAGAAUCCACCGGAGAUGAGGAAGCUGUUUCCGGAGGUAAAGAUUCGUUGACGAAAUUGCUCUCACUUCCGUACAAAUCAUUCUCCAAGAAGCUUCAUAGACUUGCUCUAAGCCUCAAAGAUACGGCAGUGUUGGAGACAUGGGAACGAUCUGGAAAACGUGUUCGAGACUAUAGUCUGUAUACUGGAGUUCUUGGGACGGCUUAUCUCAUGUUCAAGUCUUAUCAAGUGACUAGAAACAAAGAUGAUCUUAAGCUAUGCUUAGAGAUUGUUGAGGCUUGUGAUGUAGCUUCAAGAGAUUCUGAGCGUGUGACAUUCAUAUGUGGUCAUGCUGGUGUAUGUGCUCUUGGUGCUGUUGCAGCAAAGCAUCUCGGUGAUGAUCAGUUGCGGGAUCGUUACUUAGCCUGUUUCAGUGAGAUUAGGCUUCCUAGUGACUUGCCAUACGAGUUGCUAUAUGGUAGAUCAGGAUACUUGUGGUCAUGUUUGUUCUUGAACAAGCAUAUUGGUCAGGAGAGUGUACCAUCUACAAGAAUGAGGUCAGUGGGUGAGGAAAUCUUCAGGGCAGGAAGACAACUCGGGAAAAGAGGAAGUUGUCCGUUGAUGUAUGAGUGGCACGGCAAGAAGUACUGGGGUGCUGCACAUGGUUUAGCCGGGAUCAUGAAUGUUCUGAUGCAUAUGGAACUUGAACCAGAUGAAAUCCAAGAUGUCAAAGGUACAUUGACCUAUAUGAUACAAAACCGGUUUUCUAGUGGAAAUUACCCAUCUAGUGAAGGAAGUGAAUCAGAUCGCCUUGUUCACUGGUGUCACGGUGCUCCUGGUGUUGCUCUUACACUUGUAAAGGCAGCUCAGGUUUUUAAGACAAAGGAAUUCGUAGAGGCAGCAAUGGAGGCAGGAGAAGUCGUGUGGAACCGUGGAUUGCUUAAACGGGCAGGUAUCUGUCACGGUAUCACUGGAAACACAUACGUGUUUCUUUCUCUAUACCGGUUAACAGGAAAACCAGAGUAUCUGUACCGAGCAAAAGCUUUCGCGUCUUUCCUCAUGGAUAAAUCAGAGAAGUUCAUCUCAGAAGGUAAAAUGCAUGGAGGAGAUAGACCCUUCUCUCUCUUUGAAGGUAUCGGAGGAAUGGCUUACAUGUUUCUAGACAUGAACGAUCCAAGACAAGCUGUGUUUCCAGGCUAUGAGCUCUAAAAGGUAUAUAUAAUGUAUAAACCUUACCAAGUAACAAUAAAGCGUAGAUACUGAAUGUAGUAGAAUAGCUGUCUAUAUUAUAUAAUAAAAUUUUAUACA